UUGCGCAAAACGCGGAAGUGUUGUAAAAUUGUUCCACCGGUGUCUCCGUAGAACCAAGCUACCACUCUAUUUUGGGACAAUUAGCUAGCUUCUCCGACACAGUAGCUCAGUCACGCCUCUUUUAUAAGCUCGUGUGAUGGUGUUGACUCGGAGAUGACCUGCAGCCUGAGCGUCUGAGCGACAGAAACAUCUUCCACCCAGCAGGUCAAAUCGUGAGGUCGCACACAGGGUGACCAAUGCUUUCUGAUGAGCUGGACUCCAAACCAGAGCUGCUGGUGCAGUUUGUCCAGAACGCGUCCAUCCCCCUGGUGCAGGGUCUGGAGGACUCCGAGUCCAAACACUGUCUGCCUCUGCUGACCUCGGCUGAGGGCUCACUGUGCAGCCCGCUGGAGCUCACAGAUGGAGGCUUGAGCCAUGAGCCACAGAGUUCUCCCUCCCUGUCCGAGUACGGAGGUGUGUCAGAGCGAAGCUCCUUAGUGGUCCAGACGCACCCUCACCCACGGGCCUCACCCAGCCCCCCGCCCAUCCUCCAUGACUUACAACAGUCAGAGAGCACUUCCUACGUCCUGCUCAACCUUGCAAAAGGCAUCACAGCCUCCUCCGAGUCCCUGAUCUUCGCCGCAGAUGGCACCGGGGACGAUGAUGAUGAAGGGGUCUCAUCAGGGGACUACGGGAUAGAUGGCAGCGCUCCAUGGUAUCUGCGGGUACAAGAGCUGGCACACGACAGCCUGAUUGCCGCCACGCGGGCGCAGCUUGCGAGAGAUGCCAAGGCCAGCCAGGACGCCAGAGCUGCAGGUGUCAGCAACGGUGACCACACACAUGGUCUAACAGCAGACGGGGACAAGCGGGAGCUUCCGCCUCGGACCGGCCGCCCCCUCUCUAAGCAAAUCCUCCGCUGCUCGUUCGAGGGUUGCUGCAGGACGUUCACCUGGCCGGCUCAUCUCAAAUAUCACCUCAAAACACACAGGAACGACCGCAUGUUCAGGUGCGGCGCCGAGGGCUGCGGGAAGAGCUUCUACGUACUUCAGAGGCUGCAGGUUCACAUGAGGACGCACAACGGCGAGAAGCCCUUCAUCUGCAAGGAGAAGAACUGUGGCAAGAAGUUCACCACGGCUGGAAACUUGAAGAACCACAGACGCAUACAUACAGGAGAGAAGCCUUUUCUUUGUGAAGCAGAUGGUUGUGGGCGAUCCUUUGCAGAGUACUCCAGUCUACGAAAACACAUGCUCGUACAUUCAGGUGAGAAGCCUCAUCACUGUGGGAUCUGUGGUAAGACGUUCUCUCAGUCCGGCAGCAGAAACGUCCACAUGAGGAAGAGACACGGAGAGGAGGGGCUCAGCAGCGAGAGCAGAGAAACAGGAGAGGCGCUGACACAAAGCAGCCUGCUGGAGGCGGACGGCGAGAAUACAGACAGUAUGGUCACCAUGACAACAGCCGUGGAACCCAUGAAUCUUCAUCAUGCUAUGCUGAGAUCCCCAGGCUCUGCAGACUCCGUGGUAGUUCUUUCUCAGCCGCACGAGCUGGUGACCAUGACGACGGAAGGCCAUGCAUAUGGAGAAGACGUGGUGGCGCUGCUGUAGUUCUGCUGUGACAAAUGUCACACACUCAGUGGACUAAACAUCAAUGUGUAAAUAGAUGAAUCACUGACUUUAACCCCUGUAGAUAUUUGUAAUUAGCAACCAACGAUGGUUUUAUUUUGAAAAGCGUGAAAAGGGCAGAGUUUGUACAAAACAACCUUUUUUCCUCAAGUUUUUGAAAACAAAUGCUCCCAAAGAAAUACCGAGACGGGUUUUAAAAGUUUAUGAUAAUAUAAUGACCGUGAAUUGUGCUGUGCAGAUUGCGUAAUCACUAUAAACAGAAGGCAGAGGUUGGAAUGCAGUGAUGCUCUCAACUGCACAGUGAGUGCCACUUAUUGAAAUGUACCAGACACAUGUAUAACCCAUUAUCCCUAUUAGUAAAAAUAAAACACUUGGCAUUAAAACUGCUAAAGCACAGUAUUUCAUAGUGCUGCAGGUAAACACUGGUCUCACACAACACAAGCAGCCAAGUCGCCCCUGAUAACUCAAACAAACUGUGUCGUCCAAAGCUGCACUAACAGUGUGUUAUUGAAACCGUCUUUCACUCAAACGUCACCUAACUUUCAUUACAGCUCAAUAUAUAUAUUAAUACUAGAGAAUAAAUGCUUUUAAAAAGAAAUGAGGCUCAUAUGAAACACACAGCAAACGUCUGGGCCUGUUGGAUAAGCCAGUGCCCGUUACUUAUUGUUGUUGUUGUUGUUAUUGAGCCACCAACUAAAUCAGCAGUCAGUCAGUGGAUCUUCAGGUUGUGGAAGUGGUCCAGCAUGGCGCCCAGAGCCCAGCUCGCCUCCACGUUGUUCACUUUCUUGGUCAACUAGGAGGAGACAAGAACCCAACACCAAAUCACUCAAAUGCCUUUUGUAUUUAUUGAAAUAAAAAAAGUAACAGUAAAAGUAA